AUGUCCUUUUCGGAUGCCAGGUUCGCAUACGGACCCUUUGCUCCCUACUGGGUACCCCGACAAUACAUCGAAAACUAUUUCUCUAUCCACAAGACGGACUCGUAUUUGGUACUCAACACUACCGUUGAGAAGCUGACGAGAAUCCAGCCUUCAUCGAAAGGCGGGGAGGAUAGGUGGAGAUUGGUCUUGCGCAAAUAUGAACCCGCCACACAUGUCGACAUCUGGUGGGAAGAAGAGUUCGACGCCGUGAUUCUUGCAAAUGGACAUUAUUCAAUUCCCUAUAUACCCUCCGUCGCGGGACUGGAAAAAUACUUGGAGAAGUUCCCUGGUCGUGUUGUUCACUCAAAACUUUACCGCGAACCGCGUAUCUACACUGAUAAGAAGAUUCUGAUUAUCGGAAAUUCCGCUUCGGGUCACGAUCUGUCCAGCGAACUGGUGGCAUACGCCAAGUCGCCACUUUAUCAAUCGCGAAGGUCCAAAUCCAGGUGGGACGGGGACGAGCCGCCCAAGGGAAUCGAGUGGAAACCCAUCGUGAAGGAGUAUCUCCCGAACGGCCGCAUUGUGUUUGACGACGGUACAUAUCUGGAUGGCGUUGAUACCGUCAUUUACUGCACCGGAUAUAAACCGUCUUACCCGUUCUGGGACGUGGAGGCUAAUGGACGCCCACUCUACGACUACAGGGCUGGAAAGCUGAUCAAGAGCUACUGGCAUAGCUUUUUCCAGGACUUCCCUACGCUUGGAAUUGUGGGUUUGCCUCGUGCGCUCACAUUUCGGAGCUUCGAGUAUCAAAGCAUUGCCCUGGCAAGACUAUUCUCGGGAAGGAAUGCCACCCCACUGCCACCAUUGGAGGAGCAAGUGAGAUGGGAAAAGGAAAGAGAGGAACGCACCAGAGCUCAAAGACUAAAGUUUCACGACAUUGCCUGGGAUACAGGGGAGACGUUCGAGUAUCUAGAACGACUCUUUAGAAUUGCCGGGUUGGGGACACUCAAAGGCGAAGGCAGAAUACCCCCAGUUUUGGAUAAAGCUCUGAUUUGGGCGGUGGAGCACAUAGUUAAAUAUCCCCGCCCUGGAGAUGGAAAUGAUAGGAAGAAGCCCUUAGGUGAGAUUGAAUCGCUUGAUGCGGAUAGCUCGAUCAGGGAGGGUUGGGUGCUCGUCGACAAGUCAUCGCUAUGUUCCUUGUAG